CAACCCUGUCUCACUGUCGAUCUGCUGCCAUUACAAUUCCCAUUUACUGUUACCAUGAAGUUUCUUUCCGUUGCUCUCCUUACCCUCUUUGGAUCUUCCCAAGCCAAGACGAUCAGCAAGCGUCGUGUUCUGGAUCAGAAGAAGCUGCUGCGAGCUGCUGUUCCCGUGAACCGACAGGGCGAGCGACGCGUUGAAGAGCAACAGCAGGGACAGCAGCAGAACAACGGAGGAGUGGAAAUUUCGGCGUAUCAUUCGAUUCAAUUCAACGAAUGCUUGAGUCUGAGCGCGCAGCCUGAAGAUGAGACCAUUUUUGGUGACGACUACAUUGCUUACACCAAAUCGGGACAAAUCGUUCCCCAGAAGUCAUACGUGCUCUUUAACGUUUGCGAGACAGAAUCUUCCUGUCGAUACGUUUCGGACGAGAACUUGUACAUGGUGGACUUGGCCACUUACAUGGGUGCCAUGGUGGAAUAUUUCCCGAACAAGCUUGAGAAAUACUGCCAGGCCUGCAAUGAUGCUCAGGACUAUUGCGUCAGAAGUGCCGAAGAUCAGAACAAUGGUGACAAUCAAGCGAACAACGCUGAUCAGAACCAGGAGGAACAGCAAGACGGACAGGCUGAUAAUCAGGGAGGGGGACGUCGUCUUCAGGGCUUUAACGAAACCAUCGACUGCGAUACAUGUUCCUCAAAGGGAUGUUUUGAGGAUCAGGAUCAGGAUAACGAUGGUCAAAAUGAUAUACAAGAAAUUGUAGACUGGGCCACUAACAUGAUGGCAUGUCAGGCCACUACCUCAUACUGGAACACCAACGUUCUCCUUUACUCCGGCUUUAUUUGUAACGAAGCCGGAAACGGUGUUGAAGUUGGUGUUUUUAUGGACGCGGAUUGCUCGAUCUAUACUUCGCUGAAAUCGUACAAGACCUUGGUUGCUGGUACGGAAGAUCAGACCUACCUAAGUAACAGUCAAACGAUCGUCACUUACCCGUUCCUCAACGACAUUGAGUGUGUCGACUACACCUACAUCAACCCCUACAACCAAAACGGUAACAAGAAUAACCAGAACCAAAACCAGCAGCAGGAAGUCAGCAAAAUUUGCCAAGAGCUCGUCAAUGGCGAUGCUUUGAUGAACAUUGCAGACUGCAACUCUGACGGACAAGACGACAACGCAGCCGAAGCUCAAGCCGACGAGGAACAAGAGGAAAACUACUCCUGGUUCACCUACCUUAUUUCCCAGCAGGACAUGAACAACAACCAGAACGUCUGUUAUAUCGUUCAGGCCUUGGAAGGCGAGUACUCUUCGGCACGCACUUACAAUGGAAACGAAAAGACCGGUUCUGGUCAAUCUUAUGAUUACAGUAAGAGCACCAGAGGCCCUGUUGGAGCGGGAGGUGUUGUCGGAAUUGGUCUUCUUGUAUUGAUUGUGGUAGGAGCAGCCGUGUUCUUUGUAAAGUCCUCUGCAAUCAAGGACUCGAAGAAGCAACCCCUCGUGAACAGGGCAAAUGGGGCGAUGGCCUAACUGUAAAUCCGUUUCUCCAUCUUCAUUAUAAAUGUUCCAGCCUUAUAAUGAUAUCGCUUCAUU